AUGGCGAGGGGGAUGGGGGGGGGAGGACCGGGGAGGAUGCAGACAGGAAAAGGCGGCGAGAAAGACGCGCGGGGGGAGCCCAGCCCAGCGCCGCCGAGGUGGUGCCGCCGCUCGGGCUGUUGGCGCCGUGCGCGGCGCGGGGGCGGGCCGGGCCGCGCCCUCAGCCGGGACGGGGACGGGGCCGGGCCCCGCCGGGCCGGGCCGGGCCGGGCCGCUCCGUUCCGCCGCCACACGGCAGCCGCGUCCUGGGGCAGCCCGGGCCGGAGCGAGCGCAGCCGCGGAGCUUAUACCGCAGGAGGCAGGGGGAGAGCCCGAGGACGGUCCGCGGUUUCCCGUGCUGCAGGUAGCACGGUGGCCUCUCCCGGCAGGGCGGCAGCUGCCCCCGAGGACGGAAAGCAGUGCCAGGAAAGCAGGAGCUGCCGUCUGACUCCGGCUCUCCUGCCUGGCCUCUCCGGCUCUCUCAGCAUCAUGCCGCCGCUUCCAGCAGUCCCCGCUGGUUUUGGGAAGAAGCAAGGGACAGGUUGCACCUACCUCUUCUCUAAACCAGCUUCCAGUUUCAGGAGUCAACGUGGGAGAUACAUACUAGGAGAUCCUGCAGCCCUGCUUCAUUGUUGA